AUGUACUGGUUAUUUUUCCUGUUAAUCUUAUCUAUAUUUAAAAUUACUGAAACUUCUGUCAAUAACAAAUGCCCUGAACGAUGCAUGUGUUUUGAUGGAUUUGUUAAUUGUCGUAGACGGUCAUUACAUGUUGUACCGCGAUAUUUACCGCUCAAUACUACAAUAUUAGAUUUGCGUAAUAAUUAUAUAAUAAAGAUUUUCAAAAGCGAUUUCAAAAAUUUGCAUAAAUUACAAGUUUUACUAAUUUCAUGGAAUCAAAUCCGUGGAAUAGAAAAGAAUGUAUUCGAUGAAAAUUAUGAAUUGAAGAAGCUAUUACUCGCUGGAAAUCGUUUACAAUCAAUUCCUAAAAUCAGUUCUCGGCAUCUUCUCAAAUUCCAUUAUCUCGAUUUAUCAUCUAAUCACAUUGCGCAUAUUUCUCAUCAACUUCUAUGGAAUUUACCAUAUCUUCAUGUAUUCAAUUUGGCUGAUAAUGCUAUUCAAACUUUGCCGAAACACGUUUUUGACUAUUCAAAAACUUUGCAAAGUCUCAUCUUAACUGAUAAUCCGAUAAACUGUGACUGCAGGUGGUUGUGGUUGUUAAGUUUUGUUAAUAAGCGAUGUGAAACAUCCCCAGUUUGCGAGAAUCCUAUCAGGCUCCGGCAGAAACACUUGCUAGCACUUCAAGAAAACGAGAUUAAAUGCUUCGGAGUGAAAAUUUUGGAUGAUCCACGUAGCGUAAGAUGUGAUGCUGACGAAUAUGCUUAUGUAACUUUUAUUUACAAAGGAGAAGAAGUGAAUGAUAGAGAUGCCCAAAAAGGAUUCAAAAUAAAAAAAAAUGGGAUAAUUCAUAUAAAUUCUGAUGUCAUCUUAAGUGAACUACAAUGCAGUAUCGAGUAUAAUUUAACUUUAAACAAUAUACGGCAUCCGCGGGCAGUUCUCAAAGCUCCUGAAUUGAAAUUUACGCUGAAACCCAAGAAUCGGUUAUACCGAGAAGGAACUAUUGCUCGUCUAGAUUGUGAGGUUAUUGGAAAGCCUCGGCCUUUAAUAAGUUGGUAUUUUCGUGGCAAGAAGUUGAAAAGAUCGAGAAAGUAUGAAAUGAAUUUAGAAAAAACAACUCUAAACAUCGUUUCAGUUUUGGAAAGAGAUGUUGGAAAUUAUACUUGCAUUGCUGAAAACAAACACGGACGAAUUGAAGCGUCCGCAGAAGUUCGUCUCGUUUCUAGCUCGCCACCUGUAAUUAUUGAAGGGCCUGAAAGUCAGACAGUAUCUCGAGGUUCAAUAGUAAACUUUCGUUGCCGCGCUGAAGGAGAACCAUAUCCGUCAAUUACAUGGUUAUUAAAUGGUGGCGAAAUACCUGUAAUCAAGGGUCAUUUUCAUGUAUCAGAUGAUCAGACGCAACUGACCGUAUCAAAAGUUACAAAACGUGACGAAGGCGUAUACGCUUGCAUGGCUGGUAAUACUGUUGGUUCGAUGACAGCUGAAGCUCGUCUAAUGAUUAAUUCCAACCAAUUGCAGCAAAGUUCGGAAGAUGAUCGUUUCCUCAAUGAAAUAUUCCACCAAGCAUCUGAAAAUGUUGACAGGCAAAUAAUUUUGGUCAUAAGAAAUUUCAGAGUAAACGCAUCGCUCAGUAUUGAUGCUAUUGAAGAAACACGUGAACGAAUAUCAAAAAUAACUUCUCCGCAUGAAUUAAUGCGGUGGUUCCAGUUUUCAUUUCCACAGACAAUAGAACAUAGUCGUGCACGAGAAAUUUAUGAAGAAAGUAUUCGUCUGAUUCAAAAACACGUUGAAAAAGGUAUUCUGAUUUCGCAUUCAAGAAGCUUGAAUCUAUCUUUGCAAGAACGCUCUCCCAGCAUUUCCUUCGAGUCUGUUUUGUCGAAAGGUCAUGUUGACAUGUUGAUGCAACUUUCUGGUUGUUCAGGAACGCAAAAUCGAGAUCCUUGUGAUGAUCAGUGUUUCCAUUCACGUUAUCGUACAUAUGAUGGACAGUGUAACAAUGAACAACAUCCACUGUGGGGUGCGAGUCAAACUCAUUUUCGUCGGUUACUACCUCCGAUUUAUGAAAAUGGAUUUAACACACCAGUUGGAUGGAAUCCAGACAAAUUAUACUUUGGCUAUCGAAAGCCCAAUGCGCGGAAUGUUUCCAGAGAGCUCCUUCGAACUGCUUAUAUCACUCCACACAAGACUUAUUCAGCUAUGUUAAUGCAAUGGGGACAAUUUAUUGAUCAUGACCUGGAUUUUAUAGCAACCGCAGUAAGUCGUCAUGCUUUUGCAACUGGAGCAAUUUGUAAUCGAACAUGUGAAAACCUUAAUCCAUGUUUCAACAUUCCUUUGUUAGAGGAUGAUCCUAAGAUGCUUGUAAACCCAAAAUAUCCAUGUAUUGAAUUCGAACGUUCAAGUGCAGUGUGUGGUUCAGGUGAAACGUCUCUCAUUUAUCGUCAAGUUACUUAUCGUGAACAGAUGAAUACUAUUACAAGUUUUAUUGAUGCUUCCGGAAUUUAUGGCAGCACAGAAAAGGACGCUUUCGAUCUGCGUGAGCUCAAUCCCGAUCGUGGUUUACUUAGGUAUGACAUAGUAUCAGCAGCAAAUAAGCCAUACUUACCAUUUGAACGUGAUUCUGCUAUUGAUUGUCGAAGAAACUGGACAUUAAAUCAUCCGGUUCGAUGCUUCUUAGCUGGGGAUUUCCGAGCCAAUGAACAGCUUGGAUUAAUAAGCAUGCACACAAUUUUUUUGCGAGAGCAUAACAGACUAGCAAGUGAGCUUAACAAAUUGAAUCCUGGUCUUGACGGUGAAACAAUAUUUCAAGAAGUUCGUAAAAUUGUCAUCGCUGAACUGCAACACAUCACGUUUCAGCAUUGGCUCCCCAAAGUUCUUGGAAAGGAGCAAUUUGAUAGACUCAUCGGUAUGUAUACUGGUUACCAGCCAUGGCUUGAUUCUACUAUAUCAAACGCAUUUGCAACCGCAGCGUUCCGUUUUGGACAUACCUUAGUUAAUCCAAUUUUAUACAGACUUGGUGAAGACUUUGCGCCAAUUAAGCAAGGGCACAUUUCCCUGAGAGAUGCAUUUUUUGCUCCGGAAGUACUUCUCUCAACAGGAAGUAUCGAUCCAUAUUUGCGUGGUUUGUUUGCUGCUCCUAUGAAGAAUCCGACAUCGAGAGAAUUGCUCAACGAUCAACUCACUGAAAGUCUAUUCAAUCGAGCACACGACGUAGCACUAGAUUUAGCAGCAAUAAAUAUACAGAGAGGUCGAGAUCAUGCUCUCCCUGGAUAUGUGGAAUUUCGCAGAUGGUGUAAUCUCUCUUUAGUGGAAAACUGGGAUGAUUUGAAGAAUAUAAUGACAUACGACGUUAUUCGCAAACUAAAAGAUCUCUAUGGUCAUCCUGGGAAUAUCGAUUUAUUCGCUGGCGGUAUUGCUGAAGAAAGGUGGAAUAAAUCAUUAAUUGGUCCUACAUUUUCAUGCAUCAUUGCUGAACAGUUCAGACGUAUACGUGAUGCUGAUCGAUUUUGGUACGAAAAGAAAGAUGUAUUUAGUAAAGGACAGUUGGCACAAAUUCGGAAAGUAUCACUGGCACAGAUUAUUUGCGAUAACUCUGAUCAUAUUAGGAAUUUACAGAAUGAUGUAUUCCUGUAUCCUGGGAAAAUUGGUCGAUUGUACAGUUCUUGUGCUAAGAUCCCUAAGAUGGACUUGGGACCAUGGCGGUCUUGUUGUUACCAUUUAUGUUCGGUAACUCAUAAUCGGUAUAGAAACGUGCAGAAGAAGCGAUAA